CAUCCAUCCCAUCCGUUGCGAUACCUCCACACAUGCAUCCACACCCAGCCAUCUCGCAGCGGAUUGAGCGCCGCACCGGAGACUCUUCUCGCGAUGCUGGCUGCGCAAAGUCGAUCGAAUCGGUGACAAUGACAAUGCUGCACGGCAACCAAUCAGGCAGGCAGGCAGGCAGGCAGGCAGGCAGCUUGGCAGUCACGAGUUCCGCCUGGGAACGAAUUGUGCGCCACGGCAACACGGGGGGGGUCCGUGUGUGUGCGUGCGACUUGGCGCCGGAGACUCGACUGGAUGGCCGAUUUGCCAAGGGAUCAAUGGACGCACGAGAGUUGCUUCGACUUGAUUGCGGCGGGCGGAUGGUGCGGGCCCGACGAGCGCAAGUCCUGCGUGAUUCGUCCAAGGGUCUGGGCCUGGAACUUGCACUUGCACUUGCACUUGCACUUGCACCUGCACUUGCAGAUCAGUCUACACCAGGUGCAACAUUCAACAUUGUGAUUAACAUUUCGAAGGCUCGCUCGGGUGCGGUGCAGCUUGCGGCUAAAUAAGCGACGCCGAUUCGCGGCCGUCAUGGUGGUGGAUGUUGAACUUCUUGGAGGCGCACGCGCCCGCGCGCCCGCGCGUCUCGGCCUGGCCUGGCCUGGCCUACACCCACGC